GUGGAUUCAGCUUCACUGUUCAGAGCUGUAGCUGGGAUUUUUUUGGUAACUGAAGAAGGGAGAGAAUCUGAGAAUGUCUGGUGGCACGCAGAACAGUAUUAGAAAAGCACUUGGAGCCCUUAAGGAUACCACCACAGUUUCCUUGGCUAAAGUCAACAGUGAUUACAAGGAAUUGGACAUUGCUAUAGUUAGGGCCACCAAUCAUGUUGAACGCCCAUCUAAAGAGAAACAUAUUAGAGCUAUAUUCUCCGCGAUCUCAGCUACUAGACCUCGUGCCGAUGUUGCCUAUUGCAUCCAUGCUCUUGCCAGGCGAUUAUCAAGGACACAUAACUGGGCGGUUGCAUUGAAAACUUUAAUUGUUAUUCACCGUGCUCUAAGAGAAGUGGAUCCAACAUUUCAUGAAGAACUCAUUAACUAUGGAAGAAGUAGGAGCCAUAUGCUCAACAUGUCACAUUUUAAAGAUGAUUCGAGUCCAAACGCCUGGGAUUAUUCUGGAUGGGUCCGCACUUAUGCAUUAUUUUUGGAGGAAAGGUUGGAAUGUUUCCGUGUAUUGAAGUAUGAUAUUGAGGCAGAGCGUCCUAGGACCAAAGAUUUGGAUACUGCUGAAUUGCUAGUGCAGUUGCCAGCUUUACAACAACUCCUCUUUCGGGUUCUUGGUUGCCAGCCACAAGGAGCUGCGGUGAAUAACUUUGUCAUUCAGUUAGCACUCUCAAUGGUGGCUUCGGAAAGCAUGAAAAUUUAUCAAGCUAUUAGUGAUGGCACAGUCAAUAUGCUUGAUAAGUUCUUUGAGAUGCCACGCAGUGAUGCUGUGAAAGCACUUGAUAUAUAUCGGAGGGUUGGGCAGCAGGCUGAGAGACUGUCAGAGUUUUAUGAAAUAUGCCGUAAUCUUGAUAUCGGACGUGGAGAGAAGUUUAUUAAAGUUGAGCUGCCCCCUACAUCAUUUCUGCAAGCCAUGGAAGAGUAUGUCAAAGAUGCUCCACAGGGAAUCGUGGUUCGCAAGGAUCAGGCUAAUGAUAAAACUGCGUCUCCAAAAGAAGUUUUGGCUAUCGAAUACAAAAAGACACCGGAAACGCAGGAGGAAAGUCCACCUACACCCCCUGCAGCUCCACCUUCUGAGCCUGUGAAAGAGGAAGAACCUCCGGCACAUCCAGCGCCAGUACAACCACCACCUGAUUUGUUGAGUUUGGAUGAUCCAGUUCCAGCAGCUGCAGAGCUGGAAGACAAAAAUGCUUUGGCCUUAGCCAUUGUUCCUGUUGCUGAUCAAACAACAUCUGCUGUUCCAAAUCAAGCAAAUGGAACCACAGGAUGGGAAUUGGCACUUGUUACAACUCCUAGUUCAAACGAAAAUGCUACAGCAACUAGCAAACUGGCUGGAGGAUUAGACAAGCUUACACUAGACAGCCUAUAUGACGAUGCACUUCGGAGAAACAAUCAGAAUGUCAGUUAUAACCCAUGGGAGCAGGCACCGGCAGGAACCAUGAUGCAACCAACGAUGCACGAUCCGUUCUACGCAUCGAAUACAGUUGCUGCUCCACCUUCAGUUCAGAUGGCAGCUAUGUCAAACCAACACCAGGCUUACAUGUAUCAACAGCAGCAGCAGCAGCAGCAGCAA